AUGAAUGCACAAGAUGACUUGGGGCAUCACUUGCCUAAUGGAUGCUUUGAUGGAGAAUAUGAUGCUAAAGAUGAUGAUUCAGAUGAUGAGGAUGAGGAGGAGGAAUUAGAUCUUGAGGACGACCUUUCAAGGUAUCCUUAUAUUUUGUUUGUUUAUAGUGAGGUAGUGAAAGACUUUUUGACUCAUACACCCACAAACACUAAUUUUAGCUUGCAGGUGCAUUCUUACUACAAUUUUAGACCCGAGACAGCAUAUCUUUCUGUAAAUUACCUCGAUCGUUUUCUUUUGUCACACUCCUUGACGGAAGAUUCAGCAUGGCCUAUGCAGCUGUUGUCAGUUGCUUGUCUUUCACUUGCAGCAAAAAUGGAAGAAACCAAAGUGCCACUUCUUUUGGACCUUCAGGUGAUCGAGUCCAAGUUUCUUUUUAAGCCCAAAACAGUUCAGAGGAUGGAGCUUUUGGUUAUGGCCAGUCUCAAGUGGAGAUUGCGUACUAUAACCCCUUUUGAUUUUAUCCACCUUUUCAUUGCCAAGCUUUCAUGCUCUGCUUCCAGAUGGCGAGAUUUAAGUUACAUUGUUUCUCGUGUCUCAGAUGUUAUUAUCAGAACAUGUCUAGUCAUGGAUUUCUCGGAGUUUUCACCAUCCACAAUAGCAGCAGCUGCACUGUUAUGGGUAACCAACCAACGUAUAGAUGACAAGAAACCGGAUUGCUUCCACAAGCAUAUAAGCAUUGAGAUGGUGCAUACAUGUUACAAACUAAUGAAGCAGAAACUGAUCAUUCGCCGAUCAGAAUUUUUUUGGUCAAAGACUUCACAAUUAUUGCCCCGAAGUCCCACCUGUGUGCUUGAUCAUGCAGCUAUGCAAGAAAGCAGCGAUGCUCUCAAGCCCUGACUUGAAGCCUUGCCACGUGUGUCACUAGCCAAGGAAUCUAAAACAUUACUUUCAAAUUUUCCAGUUCUGAUUCAUUACGGUUUCUUUGAUUUGGUGUGAUUGUGUGUGCAUCUUCCAUCAGGUUCAUCAUGGAACAUUUAAUUGUGUGUGCAUUUUGAAUAAGGUUCAUCAUGGAAAACUCUGACUGUAAACGGAAGUAGUUAUAUUGAAAAAAUUCUACGACGUUGUUGAUUUUCCUUUUUGAACAUAAAUAGCGAGUUGUACCUUUAUUUGUUGUGUGGAGUGGACCACAUUUUUCUCAGAAGCAAAUGAAAUUCCUCGUACUUGCGAUAUGCUCGCUUCCAAAUUACAGAGUUAACUCACUGAUUAAACAAUCAUGGCAAACUC